UAAUUAUUGGGGAGAGAACUUAUUUUUUAUUAGAAAAUUUUCUGUUUUCGCCCAUGCCAAGUCAAAUUUGGUUGAAUAUAGUUUAACCUAUAAAUUGUAGCCUUGUAGGUAAAAUGUUACCUACUUAUGUCGUGUAAGUAGUGAACACUGACAAUUAACCGUUGAAUGCGCAUGCGCGAUGCAACUUAUCGCAUAUUUAUCCACAGAUGAUUAGUUAUACUUGGGGAUUGCCCAUUAUACCUGUGAAUACUAAUGCAAGGAGUUGCUACACGCAUGCGCACUUCGAAUAUGUAAUUCUAACACUGUUAUUAUCGAUAACAAAAUAAUACAAGAAUAUAACGUUGAGUCGAGUAACUAACUACAAAUUACAAUACUGAUCCAUAGUAGCAGUAGGUAGUAUAUGUGAUCUAAGGUUUUCACUUUUUCCAUCUAUCUAUUAUAACUUAAAAGUAUUAUACUAUUAUUUAUUUCGAUUUUUGAAUAGUUAAACUAGUUUUUAGUAAAGUAAAUAAAUAAUUAUCAGAUUCUAAAUAGAUUCAUUAACAGUUGUUUUAAUUUAAACUACACCGACACUGUUGACUGAUAAUAUGUCUUCGUCAAGUGAAGAUGAUUCACCUUCGAAUCCUACUGGAGUAUCAGUAUCAAAAAAAGUUAAAGACAAGUCAAAAAAAGAUCCUUGUUCAUCUACAUUUUAUGAUUUUCGCUGUCCAUACACUUUACGCAAGACUGAUCAGUUUCGUUAUAUGAAUCAACUUUGGACUGUAGGUGAUAUUGUAUCUUUGAAUGAAGAAACUUCAACUAGAAUCUUUUACGCACAAAUUCUUGAGCUACAUGAAAAUGAUUUAUGUGAAAAACGAGCAAAAAUCGUGUGGUUGGGACCUAAAGCUAAUAUUGGAGUCACGGAUGAAUCAAAAAAGGUGCAUUUUGACACUUUUCAACCUAACGAAUUUGCACAUAUUAUUGUUGAUGACAGAUUAGUACCCAUUCAUUGCUUAACAUUUGUGAUGAAUGUUCCAAACUUAUUUGAGUAUAAAAAACAUAUUGGUAUCGAUUACUUAGUCAAUACAUAUAUUGUAUCACAUGCAGAAAGAUAUGCAGAAUCUGAUGAAGACGAUGGACCAAAAUCCAAAAGUAAAGUGAGGCGGCUACUUAACAAGUGAAUAAAAUAACUGUUAUAAUAUAUUAUGUAUUGUAAACCAAAAUUAUCAUUAUUAAAUUUACUUUAUAUUAGUAAAUACUGUUAUAAUUUUAAUAGAAUAUUGUUUGAUCUAAUACAUAGAGUAAGAAUAUCUAAUAUUAACAAUACUAAAGGUAAUACAAGAUAAUUUAAGGUAAUAUUAUACUAAACCUAACUUCAUAUUAUUAUAUAAAAGCUUUCUUGUUUCAAAUGUAAUUCAACACUUUUAUUAAAUACAUUUCUUUAAAAAUAUAUUUGAUAAUUUAUUAUAAAUUAGAUUGUUUAAGACAUAUUUUUAGUGUAUAGUAGUAUAGUACUUUGUACCAAUAUGUAUUUAGUAAAUAUAUAGUAUUUGUUUAUACCUUAGUUGUCUGCAUAGAAAUUUAAUAAAUGUACAUUUUUGUUACUAAAUAUAUCAGUCUUAUGUAUAGAU